UGAAAGAUCUAGAAGUGAAUUUGAAAUCACAAAUGACUUAUUUUGAAAGAAAUUUGACCGAAUAUAUUAAUGAAACGCUUGGCAAGAAAGAUGGAGAAAACGAGAAGUCCAUACACCGCCCUCUUGAUUGUGAAGAUGUGAAAACAAAAAAAGGAAACGGAAUCUACAAGAUAUAUCCAAAUCAUUCAGAAUUUGGAUUUGACGUCUACUGUGAUUUUGAGAUUGACAACGGCGGCUGGACGGUGUUUCAAAGAAGAAUAAACGGGAAGACAGAUUUUUACAGAGGAUGGGAAGCCUAUGAAAAUGGAUUUGGAGAUCUAGAGGCGGAAUUCUGGCUAGGUAACCAAAAGAUAAAUGACUUGACAUCGCAAGGGAAAUAUGAGCUCAGAUUAGAGAUAUCAGAUUUCAACGGUAACAAACGGUUUGCAAAAUAUUCAUCGUUUUUGGUUGGAAAUAUAACAACCAAAUAUGAACUGAAAAUAAGUGGCUAUAGCGGGAAUGCUGGAGAUUGUAUGACGUAUAAUAGUGGGAUGAGCUUUAGUACAAAGGACAGAGAUAAUGACCUGUGGUCACUUAAUUGUGCGGUUAAUCGAUAUGGUGCCUGGUGGUACAAAAGUUGCACACAUGCCAAUUUGAAUGGACAGUAUUUAAAAGGGGGCACGCAGAGCUCAAAAGGUCUUUAUUGGUGGAAAUGGAAGACAACAAAUUAUUCAAUGAAAUCCACUGUUAUGAUGAUAAGGAAAUUGAAUAAACUGUAGAAUAAACAUACCCGGCCACGACCAUUUGUAUCAAUGUCUAUCUGAUGAGUUAAGUCUUUUUCAACUGAUGUUUAUAGUUCGUUCUUAUGUUGUAAUGUUAUACCACUGUCCCAGGUUAUGGGAGGGUUGGGAUCCAGCUAACAUGUUCAACUCCGCCACAUUAUUUAUGUAUGCGCCUGUCCCAAGCCAGGAGCCUGUAAUUCAGUGGUUGUCGUUUGUUUUUGGCGUUUAACAUAUGUUUUUCGUUCAUUUUUGACAUAAAUAAGGCCGUUAGUUUUCUCGUUUGAAUUGUUUGACAUUGUUUUAUCGGGGCCUUUUAUAGCUGACUAUGCGACAUGGGCUUUGGUCAUUGUUGAAGGCCGGUCGGUGACCUAUAGUUGUUAAUGUCAUUUUUGUCU